UUUUAAAUCUUGUGCAUGGCGCCCUCGGUGGCUGGUCACUGAAUUAUUCAGUGAAUUAUUUGUCGUUGAUUUAGCAAUCAUUAGAAAAAGAGUCGUAUCAAUCAUUAGCUUGAAAUCAAAGAGCAGACCAUGGGUAACGAGAGCUCUCUGCCCAUGGAGCUAUGCUCGAAUUUUGAUGCUGAUGAGAUACGGCGCCUUGGCAAAAGGUUCAGAAAGCUAGAUUUGGACAAUUCUGGUGCCCUUAGCAUCGAUGAAUUCAUGUCUUUGCCAGAGUUGCAGCAGAAUCCUCUAGUCCAACGUGUUAUUGAUAUCUUUGAUGCAGAUGGAAAUGGGGAAGUUGAUUUCAAAGAGUUUAUACAGGGCGUGUCCCAGUUCAGCGUCAAAGGGGAUAAGCUCUCUAAGCUGAGAUUCGCUUUCCGAAUCUACGACAUGGAUAACGAUGGGUAUAUCUCCAAUGGAGAGUUGUUCCAGGUCCUCAAAAUGAUGGUCGGUAAUAAUUUGAAGGACACUCAGCUCCAGCAGAUCGUCGACAAGACAAUUCUCUUCGCCGAUAAGGAUGAAGAUGGCAAGAUCUCGUUUGAAGAAUUUUGUAAUGUCGUCGGAAAUACAGACAUUCACAAGAAAAUGGUCGUAGACGUUUAAAACACUACGACUACAAGCCCAACUCUAUACCUGAUUGUUCUAACCAGCAGGUUCUGUAUCAACAAUUGCAGUUCUGUUACAUUUUGCAAUUGUUUUUUGCGGACCGUGUCGCUUGAUUCUGUUAGAGAACUUUUUGCCUGUCUGCUCUAUCUAUAUAUAAUAUAUAUUUUCAACUCGAUAUAUCAUCACUAGCUUCACGAAAUUCACUUUCUCUUGAAUCAGGUACUCGAGUUGGCACAUAUAGUCAUCUUCUAGCUUUAAGUCUAUUUAAAUACUUCACUGUAAAAAUCUUAAAGCUCAUAUGCAUGUUUUGUGCUUUCCUGUUGAAAUAUUUUAUAAAAAACAAAAAUAUAUUUAAAAAUGGUUGUUCUUUAUACUUUUAAUCUAGGUGUUGUGUGCGUGUAUAGCUUUAAACAAAGAAACAAAGAUAUAUAUAAUCUGUAAUGUUAAGUGCUUAAAAAUAUUGCUUCGGGAUGUACUUAUAAGCCUUUUCACAUCAAUCGUUUGACUGUUUCCGAAAAGUUCCCGGGCAAGUUUUUAUUUAAAAAGGAUGCUUUAUAAGAUUUGCCUCGAAUACUUUUGGAAUUAGGGAGAACAACAGCUCAAUGAUUCAACUUGGAUACCUCUAGCUGAAAGUGUACGAGAAUUAUCGGAAAACUUAAUGAGAACCAUACUAGUUUCGCUCAUUUGUUUUUCCUUAUGGUUCUCAUACAUUAUUCUAUCGUGUCUAGGAUGAAUCACUUUGUCGGUAAUUAUUUGCUGUAACUUCUCGUUUUGUGUGCAUCGGGAACUAUCACCGAAUGUUAUCUUGUUGGAGUUUAGUUGAUUUUUAUCUAACACAAGAUUAGCUGUAAAGUAGCAGGUAGCUUGGACAGUUUCAAUAUAUUGUAUCAUAUGUUAAUCUACUGUGUGAUAAUGUCUUAGAAUUUAUGUUGAUACCAAUAAACGUUAUUCACCUCUCUAA